GCUUUUGGAUUGUACGACAGGGAAAAUAAGGGAGCUAUUGAUCAUGCACACUUUGCCCCCAUUCUUAAAAGUUUAAACAUUGAGACAAAUGAUGAAAAACUAAACGUUAUGCUAAAUAAAAUUGAUAAGAAUCAUGACGGUUUGAUUGAUUUUGAAGAAUUUGUCCUUGCUAUGACAAAAUUCUCUGGAAAAAGACGCUUCUCAAGGCGAAUGAGCAGACAUGAAAGCGAUGAAUUACGAUUGUGCUUUGCCAAAUUUGAUCAAAAUGGUGACGGAUUGAUCUCUACUGACGAAUUAAAAGAAGUUAUGAAGGGAUUGGGCGAAGAACUGACUGAUCAGGAAAUUGAUCAAAUGAUGGAAGAGGCUGAUGCAAACAAUGACGGUUUUAUCGACUUCAACGAGUUUAGAGCUUUGAUGCCCUCUUCCUCAGCAUAA